UUACAAGUUUGCUAUAAAUUAAUUACAAGACUUGUAACUAAUUUAUUAUACAAGUAGAAGAACUUAACUACAAACAAAAAUAGUAAUAAUCAGAGAGAAAGUGUAAGAAAACGAAGCAGUAAUAAUUGACAAACAAAUACUGGAAGGAGUUAUUUCAGCUUACAACACCCGAUGACCGUAGCAAGCUACCAAAAGAAAAUUAGCAUUAAAAAAGAUGAGCAAAAUAAAGGAUUAUGAACUUAAAAGAAAAAAGAGGAGAACAGUAAUCAGAAUAGAGGAGGUCGGGGAGGCGAGCUUAAAAGAAAAAGAAAGAAGAGAAAAAGAAAGAAAACAAAGGCGAGAAGACUCAGAAGAGAAGAAAUGAAGAAGAGAUACCGCGCUGGAGAUUCACGAAGUCGAGACGAAGUCGAGGCGACGAAGAGGCGACGAAAUCGAGGCGACGAAGAGCCGAAGAUGUCGAUACGACGAAGAGCCGAGGCGACGUAGUCGAGGCGACGAAGAGGCUUGAAGGUUAGGAUCCACGAAGGUCCGAGGCGACGAAGUCGAGGCGGCGAAGAUUCUUCGUCGCUGGAGAACAGCCACCAGAGUGAUUUAGGGCUUGAAGAUCAUGAUCCACGAAGGGCACCUGAGUUCUGCACUUUUGGAAUUAUGUAGAUAAUUGCUAGAGCAAAUGAAUUGGGGGAAGAUCCUUUAAGCUUAAGCAGCCGCUUUUGUGAUGAAUUUCAUGCUGACAUGGCUUAUCUUCAUUGCCUGCCUCCUUCCGUAGAACCUCGGGUCUCUAAUCAUAUGGACCAGAUUAUAGACAUGAUUAAACAGAUAUUUGACAAUGGCUGUGCAUACAAGAUAGAUGGGGAUGUCUACUUUUCUGUUGAUAAAUUUUCUGCUUAUGGUCGAUUAUCUGGUCGCAAACUAGAGGAUAAUAGAGCAGGAGAGAGGGUUGCCUUGGACUCUAGAAAGAAAAAUCCUGCUGAUUUUGCUCUGUGGAAGUCUGCUAAGCCAGGGGAGCCGUAUUGGGAGAGCCCGUGGGGCCCAGGAAGGCCAGGAUGGCACAUAGAGUGCAGUGCAAUGAGUGCAGCUUAUCUGGGCUACUCUUUUGACAUACAUGGUGGAGGGAUGGACCUUGUAUUCCCACACCAUGAGAAUGAAAUUGCUCAGAGUUGUGCUGCUUGUAGAUCAAGCAGCAUAAGUUAUUGGAUCCACAAUGGUUUUGUUAAUGUUGACUCAGAGAAAAUGUCAAAAUCACUGGGGAACUUCUUUACAAUACGCCAGGUCAUAGAUCUCUACCAUCCAUUGGCUUUGAGACUUUUCUUAAUUGGUACACACUACAGAUCCCCUAUCAACUACUCAAAUGCUCAGCUUGAGACUGCAUCAGACCGAUUAUUUUACAUCUUUCAGGCUUUGCAUGAUUGUGAAGAGAUCUUGAGGCAAAAUAGUGAAAUAAAUCUUGAGGAUUUUCCACCUAAGGACACUUUGGAUUGCAUUACUCGAUUUCGUUCAGAGUUUGAGUAUUCAAUGACUGAUGACUUGCACACUCCAGUAGCAUUGGCUGCACUCUCUGAGCCUCUGAAAAUAAUUAAUGAUCUCCUUCAUACUCGUAAGGGAAGGAAGCAGCAAAAAAGAAUAGAAUCUAUUUCCGCUAUCGAGAAGGAAAUCAAGAAUUCUUUGACUAUUCUUGGAUUGAUGCCUUCAAGUUAUCAUGAGCUUUUACUUCAGCUCAGAGAAAAGGCUCUAAAGAGAGCGGGACUCACUGAAGAACAAGUGCUAGAGAAAAUAGAUGAGAGGAGUUCAGCAAGAAAGAACAAGCAAUACGAGAGGUCCGACGAGAUCAGAAGGGAGUUGGCUGCCGUUGGAAUUGCUCUCAUGGAUGGACCCGAGGGAACGACUUGGAGACCUGGAAUUCCUCUUGAUAUCCAAGAAAAAUUAGCUUCGGUUUCUCAGUAGUCUCAAGGUUCUUCAUCUGAGAUUUAUUGAGGUCGAGAUAGUGCAAUCUCGAUGUCACUUAUUGAUUUUGAUAUGUUAAGUAUGUUUUUUAAUCUGUUUACAUGUAUAACAUGUAUAAUUAUAAAUGAAUAUUUUUUGUGAUAGCA